AUGCCCAUCAUCGAUACCACCAAGGACCUGUCGGCCCUGUUCCGACAGCAGGUCCAGGCCUCGCCCAGUGCCGUUGCCCUUGAGGACGACACGUCGACAUACACCUAUGCGGAGCUCGACCGGACCGUCCAGACGCUGGCCUGUCGUCUGCGAAAGCACCGAGUGGGGCGAGACAGCCUCGUGGGAGUGCUGCUGCCGCGGAGUGCCGACUACGUGAUUGCAUGUCUCGCAGCACUUCGCGCAGGCGGCGCCUUCCUCGUCCUUGAAUUAGCGUAUCCUCCCGAGCUGCUGGCAGAUGUCAUCGAGGAUGCCAACCCGGCUGUAGUCGUCACGUACAGAUCCGAGGUCGGCAAGAUCAAGGACGGCGUUCCUCUCGUGGUCCUCGACGAGGAGCACCCAGACACCAACGGAGAAACGAAUGGAGAAAUUGACGGAGCAGCCAGCGACUCACCUCCUCUUCCCGCAGAGGAUGACCUGGACAGGCUAGCCUUCGUCGCCUAUUCCUCGGGAACCACAGGCAAGCCCAAGGGCAUCGCCAACCCCCAUCGCGCACCUGUGCUCUCGUACGAUUUGCGGUUUGGGGUUCGAGACCUCCAACCAGGGGACCGCGUUGCCUGCAAUGUCUUCUUCGUUUGGGAGAUUCUUCGGCCACUUCUGCGAGGAGCGACCGUCGUCGCAGUGCCUGACGAGGCGAGCUACGACCCGCCCGCACUGGUCGACUUCAUGUCCUCCAAGAAAAUCACCGAGACUCUGAUGACGCCAACUCUGUUGGCUGCGGUCCUCGCCCGGCACCCGAAGAUAGGUUCACGGCUCCCCAACCUGCGCACCUUGUGGCUGAAUGGCGAAGUCGUAACGACUGAUUUGGCCCGUCGAGCUAUGAAAGCUCUGCCCAAGGUUGCGCUGCUCAAUUGCUACAGCGCCUGCGAAACCCAUGAAAUCGCUUGCGGUGACAUUGGAAAAAUGCUGGACAAUGAGGCGAACUACUGUCCAGUAGGCCCGCCUCUAGACCCAGAGCACACGUACAUCUUGAACGAGAGCGGCCAAAAGGUGGAGCAUGGUGCUAGCGGAGAACUCUUCGUCGGUGGUCAGAUGCUCGCUCGUGGUUAUAUCAACCGCCCCGAGACAACCGCUCAGGCAUUUACACCAGAUCCGUUCGAUUCAACGCCAGGAGCGCGCAUGUAUAGGACUGGAGACGGUGCUCGGAUACUGCCGUCAGGACUGCUGGAGAUCACGGGUCGCGUUGGGUCCAUGAUCAAGCUUCGCGGGUAUUCUGUCGUCCCUGGGAAGGUCGAGAGUGAGAUUACCCAACACCUUGCUGUUCGGCAUUGUGCUGUUGUAGCACACGGCGAGGCCCUCGAACGACAGCUUGUUGCGUACGUUGUCCGAGACAAGGAGGCUUCGGCGGAUCGUCCAGCCCUGGAAGUCGAUGAGAUCGGUCACAGUCCUGCGGCGAGAAAGACUCUCUCACCCUACCUUGCUCACUACAUGAUUCCCGCUCUCUGGGUUGAAGUCGACGAGCUACCCACUCAUGCCGUGUCCGGCAAGGUCGAUCUCAAGCGCCUGCCACCUCCCCCCAAGCCAAAAUCCCCUGUCGCCAAUGGCAGCCCUGCGCCGCAGCUGAACGGGCAUACUAAAGGCGACCAGGACCCCAUCACGAGUGAAGCGAUCGCCGAGAUUUGGGCCGCGACACUCAAGAUAUCCCGCAGCUCGAUACAGCCAGAACACAGCUUCUUCGAUCUUGGUGGCCACUCAUUGACCCUUGCGGACUUGUCGGCAAGAAUCUCUAGAGUACUCGGGGUCAAAGUGCCCAUUGCACGCCUUGUUGACCCCGCCACUCUGAAUGGCCACCUGGAGACGAUACGCUCCGUGAGAGACGGCCACACCGCCGAGGUGCAAGCAAAUUUGCCUGACGUCCUGCGCAAAGACUCCAUCCUCGAUGACAACAUACAGCCGUCAAACAAGACGAUCAUCCCUGCAAGUAAGGCCGAGACAAUCCUCUUGACAGGUGUUACUGGUUUCUUGGGCCCUUUCCUCCUCAACGAUCUGUUGGAGAACACAUCGGCCAAAAUCCUGUGUCUUGUGCGGUUCACAGAUCCGUCAGAGGCCGAUUUGCCCGCGGGAAUCGCCAGACUGCGAAGACAAUUGCUCGACCUUGGACUGUGGCACGAUUCAAUUAUGGAACGUGUGGAAAUCCUGCCUGGCAAUCUGUCUCGCCCCCGACUCGGACUUUCACCCGAUGCAUUCGAAGCACUGGCUCGCCGUGUCGACGUUAUUUUCCAUGCUGCGGCCAACGUCAAUCUCGUCUAUCCGUAUGCUGCCUUGCGCGACGCCAAUGUGGGCGGGACGAGAGAAAUGCUGCGUCUGGCGGCUCGUGCUGGCGCAACAGUACAAUACAUUUCCACAAACGGCGUACUCCCGCCCUCACAAUAUGGGUGGAGGGAAGAGGCCAUGCUGGAAGUCGACGCAGUUCCGGAGAAACUGGCGGACGGAUAUGGCCAAACAAAGUGGGUGGCCGAGAAACUGGUGCAGGAAGCUGGCCGUCGCGGCAUACCCGUGAAAAUCCAUCGACUAGGCACAAUCAGCGGCCACAGUGCGACCGGCGCAAGCAACGUUUCGGAUCUGCUCAAUGCAAUCAUCGUGGAGUCGAUCCGACUCGGCUACGCCCCCGAUGUUGCAGGCUGGCGAGCCGAAAUGACACCGGUGGAUUUCGUGAGCAGAGCCAUCGUCCACCUCGCCAACCAGACGCAGACCUCGCAAACCGUCUUCCAUCUUGGCGAUCCGGAUCCCGUCUACGCUCCCUCGGUUUUCCGAGACCUGGAAGAGCUUGGAUACCCCACACAACCACUCGCAUGGGACGAUUGGGUUGCAAUGUGGAACGAGAAGCGCGGCGUCCUCAGGGGCGGAGAUGGUGCCUUCACCAUCGAUAUUCUGCGCAGUGGCAUGCCGAACGUCGAAUUCUUGAGGGGCGUGGUUGUCCUGGACAAUGCCGUGACCAGACCAUUGCGAGCAGGGGUUCAACGACCCAAGGUUGACAGUGUGCUGCUUGAGACCUACACUCGACAUUGGUUUGCUCGAGGAUGGCUCCUGCAUCCGCCUACGCGGCAACAUGCUCUCGGUGGCGCUGCAGCUCUGCCACGUAGAGGACCACUGACGGGGAAGGUGGCCGUCAUCACCGGAGCUUCGUCGGGCAUUGGCGCUGCAGUCGCUGCCGCUCUAGCUCGCGAAGGGGCUCAUCUCGCUCUGGGUGCUCGACGCACCGACGCCCUCGAAGCCAUCAAGAGAAAACUGGUGAUCCGCGACGGGAAGAUCAUCUUCCGAAAAACGGACGUCACCGACCGACGACAGGUCGAAGAGCUGAUCCAUGCAGCCAACGAGGAGCUGGGUCCGGUCGACAUCCUGGUGUCUUGCGCUGGCGUCAUGUAUUGGACGCUGAUGGCCAACGCACAUGUCGACGACUGGGAUCGCACAGUCGAUGUCAACUGCAAAGGAUUGCUCCACUGUCUCGGUUCCGUGGUUCCAUCCAUGGUCAAGCGCGGUAGUGGGCAUGUCGUGGCCAUCUCGUCAGAUGCUGGCCGCAAGGUCUUCCCCGGUCUGGGGGUCUACUCUGCCAGCAAAUUCUUUGUGGAGGCGACGCUGCAGAGCUUGCGGCUGGAGACAGCGGGGACUGGUCUGCGUGUGACGAGCGUACAGCCUGGAAAUACGCAGACCGACCUCCUGACCAUGUCGACGGAUACGGAGGCGGUCAAGAAGUAUGGUGAGCCUUCCGGGGCUCAGAUACUGGACCCGGAGGAUAUAGCGAACUCGAUUGUGUAUGCGUUGAGGCAGCCGUCGCAUGUCGCUGUUAAUGAGGUUUUGAUCGAGCCUCGGGAGGAGCCGAUAUGA